GGCAGUGGUGUAUGUAGUGGCUUCUUGUAAACAUGGAGCAUCCUGAAGUUACAUUUAGUUUGGCAUAUGUUGUGUUUGUAGUUUGCUUUGUCUUAACUCCAAAUGAAUUCCGAUCGGCGGGAGUAACAGUACAAAACAUUUUUUCGGGUUGGCUUGGGAGCGAAGAUCUAGGGUUCGUUCAAUAUCACAUUAGGAGAACUAGUGUUACAAUCCUAGUUCAUUCCGUGUUGCCACUUGGUUAUUACUUAGGAAUGUGCUUGGCAGCGGCGGACAAGAAUCUGUGGCGAAUUCACCAGGCGAGCGAUGAGUGGAGGAUCUACUUCGCCGCCGCAGUAUCCCUGCCGGUGAUAAGCGGCAUGCUCGUGUUUUACUGGUCAAGAAAUCGGUGGGGCAAACACCCAAUAUCCAAGACUCUGGCCGCCCACGCCCUGCCUCAGUCCAGCUGGAGGGCUGUGGCGUCCUCUAUCAACACGGAGUUCCGCCGCAUAGACAAGUUUGCGACCGGCGAUCCGGGAGCCAGGGUGAUCGUCACUGACACCUGGGUGAUGAAGGUCACAACCUAUCGCGUCCACAUUGCCCUACAACAAGACAUCCACCUGACAGUCACUGACUCCAAGCAACACGAGCUGUCCCCAGACUCCAACACACCAGUGCAGAUGCUCACCAUCUCUGUGGCUAGUGUGAAUCCCCGUGUGAAGCCCUUUGAUAUCAGGUUGAAUUCUGUGGAGUACGGUGAGUUGAGAGAAAAGCUUCACGCUCCUAUUCGUAAUGCAGCCAAUGUUGUGAUCCACCAGACCCUCAGUGACCUCUUUCUGGAGACAUUUAAAUCCCACGUGGAAGUGAACGAGAGCUACUCGCUUCCCAGUAACCAGGAUCUAGAUCCAUGUAUUGGUUGCAUGCAGGUAACAGCCAACAUGAAACUGGUGAAACUGUGCCAAGACAACAGUGAUGGGGCGUGCCAGCAGUGCUACUGUCGACCUAUGUGGUGUUUAACAUGUCUGGGCAAGUGGUUUGCCAGUCGCCAGGACCAGCAGCACCCAGAGACCUGGCUCUCCAGCAGAGUGCCCUGUCCCACCUGCAGGGCCAGGUUCUGUAUCCUGGACUGUUGUGUAGUGCGGUAAAGAAAAACACCUCUGUUCCACUUCUGGAACCACUUCUGGUAAUUCGUAGCAUCACAAUGCUCUUCAAACUACAUUUGAGGGCUAAGAGGAAUUCAUAUCAAAUUCCCCCUUUCCUUGAACUGUACCUUAUCGUCUUCCAUUCUACUGAAAUCUCACCUGAGAGGUUUCACUUCAUAAGGAAAUAUAUUGCCUUCACUUCACAGCUAGAACUAAUCAUUUAUAUAAUGGUAGAAUAUGUAAGUAUACAAAUAAGAAAACAAACAAAACAAUCCUGUAAAAUUAGAAAGGAAGAAUAAUAGUCCUAUUCCUGUAGAAAAAUGUGACCAUGCCCUUUUGUUCUCCAUAUUCCCUAUUUUUAAAUUCCAGAACUUACUACAGAAUUUACUUUCUUGGCUCCUAAUGUAACCCCUGAAAUGGUACAUGAAGUCACUUCAUAUUUACAUGCAGACAAUAUUCUGAAAUCUGUGUUUACAUGAUAGUAGAAAUAGCUAUUCCAAAUAUGUCCAGAUUUACAUGGUUUAUUUCAUAUUAGAAAGAUGAAUUCACAAAUAUGCACAUCAAUAGAAACAUCUUGCAAAAAAUCUGUUGUGAAACUUUUAAAAUAUGCACCUCUGGAUACAGUAUAUGUUAAGUCUCUUAAUGUAAUGCUUUGCAUUCUACUUCAUUGACAAAACUAGUUAUUGGGGAAUUACCCCAUAUUUUGGUGACCCUAAUGCAUUGAAGUUCCAGUAUUUCCAUUAUAUUUUGUUUUGUUUGGUAAAAAUACUGGUAUUGUAAAUAAGGUAUCUAGAAGGUCUAGUAUUUCAGUAGUUUCCUGAAUACAAAGGUGUUAUCCAUUAUCACAUAUUCAGUAAAAGUUUCUCACAAAACAUCUGGAUUUAUUUGUAAUACCUUGUUUACAUGGCAUGGAAUAGCUACUCACAAUUAAAGUGGAGUCCAGGUUGCAUGUAAAUGUAUAGUAGCUGACUGAAUGACUAUUCAACUUCUCUGAUUAGGAAAGCUAGUUCUAUUUCCAUAACACAUCAUGGUCAUUGUGACUGCAUGAAAUCAUUUUGACUGUUAUUCUAAACUGUGCCAGUUCUCUUUUUCCUGAUUGUUUAGCACCUUAAUCAGAGGAGUGUCCAUUAAUUGCAUCUUUAAAGAAUUCAAAAACCUAUUUGUGUGGCAAGUGAAAGGAAAGAAAUUUCAGUUCUGUAUCGGUUCUAAUUAACUGAAAAGUUCAUUGUAAUAAUAUGUUUUUCUUCCCAUAACUGGAAUACACAAGCACUAAGUUUCAUAAGAGAACUGAUACAAAUUGAAGCCCCUCGUCUGCAAAUCAUGUGAGAACCUUUCACAGCAGCUUUUUAACUCCUCAAAGUGAAAAUAAUCUGCAUAGACAAGGAUUUGAGUCCUCUAAUUACCUCUGCUGGUCACCAGUGAAACAUCUGUACUCUAAAAUAGCCACUUCUGUGUCAGAAGCAAUGGUGUUAAUGAGGUAUGCAAUACAUUUCUUAAUAGCACAUCACUGGUCACCGAUUCUGAAAAUGAAUGCUAAUAAAGGAAUUUUUACAAAUGU